AUGAAGCUGACAACAGUCAGCAACGGUGUCAAUCAUCUCCGCUACGUCAGAUAUACGGGUUUCCAAGACUGCACACGACAGGGUUUCAACUCCUUCACUGUCUUGCACACCGAGGCGCAGCUCUCAAAUCUACUCGCGCUCUUCGAGCUGAUACCGGGAAUGGACUCGUUGAGUGGCUCGAAAUCAGGAACCCCAGACGCAGCUUAUGCCGGGUUUCGUACCGCCCUCGUAGGGUCCAUGGCUGGCCGAUACCCUGCCCAUGAGGGCUUGCAGGUCGCCCUACAGGAUCACACAUCCCAGGCGCCAGAAGUCUAUCAACACAACGCGCCAGAGGUAUAUCAAUAUCAUGAUUCGGCGCCAGAGACUGCUCCUCAAGAGAAGCCAUAUCAGUACCAGGAGCCGCACUCGCCCGCGGCAAGCAAGCCUCGCCGCUGGUGUGGUCUUCCAAAACGGACGGCACUCAUUGUUGCGGCUGUGGUUGUGCUCGUCAUCGUCGGCGCUGUUAUCGGAGGAAUAGUUGGAGCUCUGGUUACCAGGAAUGGGAACAGCAGUGCCAGCAGCGCCAGCAGCGCCAGCAGCACCGCCAGUGCCACCGCCACCGCCGCCUCGGAUGCCGCAGUGACCAGUGCCGCGACAACGGCCUCAUCAACCUCAUCGACCUCAUCUGCCUCAUCAAAUCCGACAUCGACGUCAACGAGCACGACGUCGGCAUUCCCGACGCCAUCGAAUGGUAUACUGCCACUGAACUGCCCAGCGAUCAAUAAUACCCAAUAUACGACCGAUGGCGCAUCGUUCUUCAUAUAUUGCCUCACAGACUUCAAGACAAGCCAGGGGAACAUCGCCCAGUCACUGCAACCGAGCAUCAACGACUGCAUCGACACGUGCGCCACGUACAAUUCGAAGAACACAGAUGAGCCGUGUCAAGCCUUGACCUUUGGCGCGAACCUCACGAGAUACGGAGGAGCAAACUGCUUCCUCAAAACAGGACCACUGCAGAGCAAACCAUACACGGUAGACGACUACCAGGCCGGUGCUGUGCUGAUAGGAUGA